CGUUUUCCAACAGCCUUUCAAAUACAAUCUUAGACAUUCCACUUUCCAAAACCAGCACCACCACCAUAAACCGCCGGUUAUCCGGGAAAUGAAAACCAUAACAACAACCACUACAUGCACCAAACUUAUCAUACUUAGCUCAUCAGUAUCCAAACACACUCUCACUAACCCUAAUCCCAAACACCCCCCUAAACCAUCCUCUUCUAGUAUCCACCACUCUCACCGUCCACCACUAGUCUCAACCUUCCAAUGGGGAAAGCCACACCGCAAUAGCCACAAUCGAACCACCUACUACGCCGAUUUAGCUUCUAAGCUAGCUCAAGACGCACGGUUUGACGAUUUUUUCAUGAUUGUUGAAACAGUUACUAGCAAUGGCAGUAACGUGGUUGAAGAAUUUGUGGCUUUGCUGAAUCUGGAACUUGUUUCGAAAGGGAUUUUGAGAGUUAUUGAAACCGAUGACGGUUUACGGAAGGUUUUCGCUGUUUUGAAUGGUUUUCGUAGGUUAGGGGUUUGUAAAGUGGUGGAUGCGUUGGUGGCGGAGCGAAAUUUUGUUGAGGCGAUUGGUCGGCAAUGUAGGAACGGUUUGAAAUGUGGUGGUGUGGAUGACGUUGUUGAUUUCAUGGAAAUGCUUUCUGGGUUUCGUUUAUCUAUUGAAGAUAUAGUGGAACCAAUUGAGGUUAUUAGAAGCUGUGUCACCAAAAGUAAUCCAGCUGCAUCCAUUAGGUAUGCAGGUCUUUGUAACCAUUCUGAUGAAAUUUUCUGUACAAUGAUUCUUGAAUUUGGAAAGAGAGGAGAUAUGGCAUCUGCACUGACAGUAUUUGAAGCUUCCAAACAUAAUUUGGGUUGUGUGAAUAUGUAUGCUUACCGCACGAUCAUUGAUGUAUGUGGUCUUUGUCGUGACCAUUUGCGAUCUAGGUCUAUUUAUGAGGGAUUAAGUGCUCAGAAAAUCAACCCAAAUCUGUAUGUAUUCAACAGUCUUAUGAAUGUAAAUGCCUUCGACUUUACUUACACGAUGAAUAUCUACGAGCAUAUGCAAGAUCUAGGUGUUGCUCCGGAUAUAGCAUCAUAUAAUAUCCUUCUAAAGACAUGCUGCCUAGCUACUAGACUUGAUUUGGCCCAGGAAAUUUACAGGGAGGUAGAGUAUUUGGAAGCAAGAGGAUCACUGAAGUUGGAUGUGUUUACAUAUAGUACAAUGGUUAAGGUAUUCUCCGACGCAAGAAUGUGGCAGAUGGCAUUGGGAAUGAAAGACAAAAUGCUUGAAGCCGGUGUUACUCCAAAUACUGUAACAUGGUCAUCAUUAAUAAAUGCAUGUGCGAAAGCAGGUCUGGUGGAUCAAGCAUUUGUAUUAUUUGAAGAGAUGCUUCUGGCUGGUUGCAUGCCAAAUGCACAGUGUUGCAAUAUUCUCCUUUAUGCCUGUGUUAAGGCUUUCCAAUACGACAGAGCCUUCCGUCUAUUUCAGUCCUGGAAAGGCAAUUCAUUCCAGAUUGGCAAUAGACUAGAUUUGACACAAGAAAGCACACAAGUUCCUAUGCAAGUUCCUUUCAAACCUACCAUUUCGACAUAUAAUGUACUCAUGAAGGCUUGUGGCACUGAUCACUUCCUUGCAAAAUCGUUAAUGGAUGAGAUGGAGACAGUUGGCCUUACCCCUAAUCAUAUAAGCUGGUCAACUCUGAUUGGUGUUUAUGGAGGCUCCGGAGAUGUGAGGAAUGCCGUACAGGUUUUGAAAACCAUGCGCGAGUCUGGUGUCCCACCUGAUGUUGUUGCAUACACAGCAGCUAUCAAGGUUUGUGUAAAACGAAGGGAAUUGAAUCUGGCAUUUUCAUUAUUCGCGGAGAUGAAGAGAUAUCAAAUACAACCAAAUAUGGUGACAUACAACACACUUCUCAGAGCGCGUACCAGAUAUGGUUCCCUAAUAGAAGUGCAACAAUGCCUAUCUAUAUAUCAGGACAUGCGUAAAUCAGGGUUCAAACCCAAUGAUUACUAUCUCAAGGAACUGAUAGAGGAAUGGUGUGAAGGGAUAAUACAAGACAACCAUCUGCCGCAAGGACAGCUAAACUCUAGUAACAAAAGAGAUAUAGGGGAACCUCACGGUUUGCUUCUUGAGAAAGUUGCAUCACAUUUGCAAAAGGGGAAUGCAGAAGCCCAGUCAAUAGCUGUUGAUCUUCGAGGCCUCACUAAGGUUGAAGCACGAAUUGUUGUCCUAGCAGUUUUACGGAUGAUAAAAGAAAACUACCGUCCAGGAGAAUUGAUAAGUGAUGACAUGUUCAUAAUCUUGGGUGUCCAGGAAGUUGGUGCAGCUGCAGAUAAAAAUCAAUUUGAUGUAAAAGAGACUAUAAUUAAACUUCUGCAAGAUACUCUUAGCCUUGAGGUUCUCUCAUUAGGACCUAAAAUCCCAACUGAUAUAAGAAUCAAUGUGGAGAAUCCCUUCAAUCCACGUCCCGACUUAGAUGAAACCCUAAAAAGAAUGAGAUCACCACCAACAUCACCCACUAGAAGACCAGUAGUUUUGCAGAGGCUGAAGGUGACAAGAAGGUCCUUGUACCAAUGGUUACAAAGAAAGUCAAAUGCAAAUAGAAGGCAAGUAUUUUAUACCAACAAUUGACAUUGUGUAGAUAGAUUUUUUUCAUCUUCUUUCAACACUGAUGAUAUUGCAAUAAUAUACUUGUAAGUUGUAAAACUACUCUAUCAUUCACUCUAAUGAAUAUAAAUAAAAAUCACUUCUAUCUUGUUAUCAA